AUGCAAGCUGGCGUGUCUUUCCCAUUUCGUUCGGCGUCUGGCCUGGAUCGACGUGCUAUGUGUGACCCGCGAGCGAAAACGAGUUGGGGAACAUGCACUCGGUAUACCAUAGCCGUGACCGAAACAAUGCCACAGCUCGGUAUUCCGAUCUCCUCAGCCCCGAUGAUGGCUCGCAAAACGUAA